AAACCAUUUUUGUUCCAGUUGUCUCUAGGGUUUUUUUUGGCAUAUUUGGUUCCUUUCUGAUAAAAAAUAAACCAGUAAUUAAAUUCCUCCCUCCUUUUAUUCUUUUUCCAAAAGCAACCUCAAAUUUCCCAUCGUCAAAGCAUCCAAUUCUGAAGAAUUUCAUUCAGAAAUUAAAUAAUGAGCAGUGCAGCUUUCAGUUCUACCUACUUCUUGAAGGGUAGUGAAGUGAAAGUUUCAAGCUUGAAGAGUAAAAAUGGAAAUUGCAAGCUACGUGUUGGUGGGUCUACUUCUUUGUCCACAAAAAGAUUGCAGAUUUCAAAUGCUAAGCAGGAGAAGGAAGUUCGUGUUGCUCUUCUUGGUGCCAGUGGCUAUACUGGUGCAGAGAUUAUUAGACUUCUUGCAAACCAUCCAUACUUUGGUAUUACUGUGAUGACUGCUGAUAGAAAUGCUGGGAAGUCGAUGGAUUCUGUAUUUCCUCAUUUAAUCACACAAAAGGAUUUGCCGGUUUUGGUUUCUACCAGCGAUGCAGAUUUUUCUGAUGUUGAUGCUGUAUUCUGUUGCUUGCCUCAUGGAACCACACAGGAAAUCAUCAAAGGUCUUCCCAAGGGAUUAAAGAUUGUUGAUCUUUCAGCGGACUUCCGAUUACGAAAUGUUUCUGAGUAUGAAGAAUGGUAUGGCCAGCCACACAGAGCACCUGAUUUGCAGGAAGAAGCUGUUUAUGGUUUGACUGAAAUUUUGAGAGAGGAAAUUAAAAAUGCACAUCUUGUUGCUAAUCCUGGUUGUUAUCCAACGUCGAUUCAGCUUCCUUUAGUUCCCUUGAUAAAGGCCAAUCUCAUUGAACAUAAGAAUAUUAUCGUUGAUGCAAAAUCUGGUGUGAGUGGAGCGGGACGUGGUGCUAAGGUGGCAAAUUUGUACACUGAAUUAACUGAAGGCAUCAUGUCUUAUGGUGUUACAAGGCAUCGUCAUGUUCCAGAAAUUGAACAGGGGCUAUCCGAUGCUGCGCAUUCUAAAGUAACCAUCAGUUUUACUCCACACUUAAUGCCAAUGACCCGUGGUAUGCAAUCAACUAUCUAUGUGGAAAUGGCUUCAGGAGUGACAACCGACAAUUUGUACCAGCAAUUGAAAGUUUCUUACCAGGAUGAAGAAUUUGUAAGAUUAUUGGAAAAAGGAGCUGUUCCUCGCACUCAUGAUGUUCGAGGCUCUAAUUAUUGUUAUAUAAAUGUAUUUCCUGACCGAAUUCCUGGCAGAGCAAUAAUCAUAUCAGUUAUUGAUAAUCUUGUGAAGGGGGCUUCUGGUCAAGCUCUACAAAAUUUAAAUAUAAUGAUGGGAUUUCCAGAAAACACAGGGCUUGGCUACCUGCCAUUGUUUCCUUGAGACUUUUUUACUUUUCUUUGACUGAACAUCUUUUGCAGGUUAGGGUGGAGUGAAAUUUUGUCUUUGAGUCUCUACACUCUAGAAGAGCUCAAGAGGAACAUGCACUAUCAGCUCAAUUACUAAUAAGAUGUCGUCAAGAAAUCAUAGGUGCAGUUAGAUGAUGAGAUACCGAUUCAGUGGAGGUCUAAUUGUCCAGGCUGUGCUGGUUCCAAUAUUUUAACUUGUCAAAUUUUCGUGUUGUAAUUCUCAUUUACAAUAAGAAUCUGAAACUUUCUUACCAAA